AUGGCCCUCGACCUCAUUGACCAUUCGCCCCAACAGCCAGAUGCUGCUCCACCUCUGGAAAACGCCUCAAACUUGGUUCUAAUCGACAAUUUUGACUCAUUUACCUGGAACAUAUAUCAAUAUUUAGUACUUGAAGGCGCAACGGUCACAGUCUACCGUAACGAUGCUAUCACUGUGGAGGAGCUUACAGCACUGAAGCCAACCCAAUUGGUUAUCAGCCCUGGUCCAGGUCACCCCAGAACAGACUCUGGAAUCAGUCGGGACGCUAUAAUGCACUUUGCAGGCAAGAUACCUGUCUUAGGUCACGAUUCGAAAGGAGUUUAUGCUGGCCUACCGCAAGAUCUCCCCGUUACACGAUACCACUCCCUAGCUGGCACUCAUCCUACUCUACCAGAAUGCCUGGAGGUCUCGUCCUGGAUCGGAUCGGGCCCGGAUAGCGGCAAAGGAGUCAUAAUGGGCGUCAGACACAAAGAAUACGUUGUAGAAGGCGUCCAGUAUCACCCGGAAAGUAUCCUCACUGAAAAUGGUCGUGUCAUGCUCCAGAACUUCCUCCAGAUGCGUGGUGGAACCUGGGCAGAGAACAGCCGUCUACAGAAGGAAGCCGCUGGGCUGAGUAAACAAGCGAUCGGGUCCAAGAGCGAAAACAUCCUGACCAAUAUAUUCGCCCACCGAAAAGCCGCAGUGACAGCGCAGAAAGAGAUUCCUUCGCAACGGCCAUCGGAUCUCCAAGCAGCCUAUGAACUGAAUAUUGCCCCUCCCCUCGUACCAUUCGUUAGCCGUCUCCGCAAGUCACCCUUCCCUCUGUCUCUGAUGGCUGAAAUCAAGAGGGCUUCUCCGUCGAAGGGUAUCAUAUCAAUGUCCACAUGUGCUCCAGCCCAGGCCAGAACGUAUGCAUUAGCUGGCGCAAGUGUCAUCUCUGUACUGACCGAGCCUGAGUGGUUCAAAGGCAGCAUCGACGACCUCCGCGCUGUUCGUCAGGCGCUCGAGGGGAUGCCAAACCGACCCGCUGUCCUUCGCAAGGAGUUCAUCUUUGAGGAAUAUCAAAUACUAGAGGCGCGACUCGCUGGCGCUGAUACAGUGCUUUUAAUUGUCAAGAUGUUGGACGAAGAAACCCUGACCCGACUAUAUCACUACUCACAAUCGCUAGGCAUGGAACCUUUGGUCGAAGUCAAUACAGCCGAAGAAAUGUCCAUUGCUGUCAAGCUUGAGUCAAAAGUCAUUGGUGUGAACAACCGCAACCUUACCAGCUUCGAGGUAGACCUUGAUACUACUAGCCGACUGCUUGACCAAGUCCCAAAAGAGACAAUAGUAUGUGCUCUUAGCGGAAUUUCGGGCCCCCAAGACGUGCAAGCAUAUCAAAAGAAUGGAGUCGGUGCCGUUUUGGUCGGCGAAGCUCUUAUGCGUGCCAAGGACACAGCAAAAUUCAUCCGUGAACUUCUUGGGAGCUCAGUGCCACUUCUGAAAUCAUCACCACGGCCUCUUCUGGUGAAGAUUUGCGGCACCCGAAAACCAGAGGCAGCUGCUGAAGCUAUCAAAGCAGGUGCAGACUUGAUAGGAAUGAUACUUGUGCCUGGGAGAGGCAGACACGUCCCCUAUAAAGAUGCAGUCGCUAUAUCGAAAGUCGUCCACGAAUCACGGGUCACCACCGGAAUCGUUGUUAGUGAUCGCGCGGGCAGCCAAGCCUCUGAUUUCUUCGCAAAUGCUGCGUCAAACAUUUCAAGCCAUCGUCCAUUGCUUGUGGGUGUUUUUCAGAACCAGCCACUAGAGGAGAUCUUGGAGCUACAAAAAGCAUAUGAACUAGAUAUCGUGCAACUUCAUGGCGACGAGCCUCUGGAAUGGGCCAAUCUGCUUCCAGUCCCUGUCAUUCGAGCUUUCAUGCCCAACCAGCCCGGCCUUGGCAGGCGUGGCUAUCACACUGUCCCACUGCUUGAUUCUGCAUCUGGUGGAUCGGGCCAGAAACUCGAUAUCGGCGAAGUUAAGAGCGCUCUUAAAAAGGAUUCAGGUCUCAGGGUUAUCCUUGCCGGUGGUCUAAAUCCUGACAACGUAGCAGACGCUGUCAGAUCUGCCGGAGAGCUCGGCGACAGGAUAAUCGCUGUCGAUGUAUCUAGUGGAGUUGAAGAAGACGGUAUCCAGAGCAUCGCGAAGAUCCAGGCGUUCAUUAAGGCGGCUAAAAGUGUUCGUUAG